CUCCCUACGGGUGGGCUCAAUGGAGGAGCAGACGCGGCGAUGCAUGAAGUGGAAAUACCAGUAGCAGCAAGAUGCACUGGAGAGAGGACAGGAGAAAAAGGAAUUCAAUGCAGGCACUGUAGAAAAACAAAAUGGAACUACAAAACGGCAAAAGUGCAAGCAAAAGCAAUUGUAGUGGGAAAAUGGAGGAAACAUGAGGAGAGAUGUCGAGGAGGACAAAUAUAAUUAAAUCUGCACACCCGUCAGUAAACAAGACUGGGUAUAUCAUCAUCAUCAUCAUUUUUGGCUCUUCAGCAGCCACUCACGUCUGCCAGUUUUCCUGGCGGGCCCGCACCUAACCUAACCUAGUUCGCAGAUGAUCUUCGUGUUGAAUACUAGUCGUGUUGAAUACUGUCUUUACAAGGAUUCGCAAUGCAACAUUCUCUUGAAGAAGAUCUUGUUCAUGUAGUUCAAUCGCAUAGGUGGCACCAGUUCUUAUUGUAUGUAGUUCAAUCGCAUAGGUACCAGUUCCUAUUGCAUAAGUCAGUGUCAGUGUAAGACACCAUCUGUUGUUCUUUAGUUCUGAUGAUGACUGUCAGCAACUCGUUUUGAGAAAAAUGACGGAACAGGAAGAACAAGCUGCUCAUGCUCGAACAGGAGGAGCGCAACAAACGGAAGCGGCAUCUUCUAGAAUAAAGAGAAGGUUCGCGGUGGGUGUCGCGGUCGGGGUCAGCUCUGAUGAGCUAGAAGUGGAACUGUCUGAGGCCGACACAGUGUUGACGCUGAAGAAAAAGCUCCUUUCACCGAUGGCGAAACACUUGGAGAAGCAAUUCCUUCCUGUGAACGUCUUGACCAUCAUCUGCGACGAUCAGCCCAUGAUGGUCGAGGAGUCCCCAGACACGUCUGAAGGAGCAGAAGACCACGCAGAUGAUGCUGGAGUGGCCACUGGGAUACUAAACGAUGACGUUGUGGUCCAAGAUUUUCUUACUGCAGUUUGUGGUGUAACCGUAGUAGGUGGAGAGGACGGUGGAGGUCGUGGAUACUGCGUUAUCUACAAAACAGAAGAUGAGGCUACAAAACUAUCAAAUUUUUCAAAAGGAGAAACUACAGCUGAUGAUGAUGGAGCUGUCGGAGCUCAAGCUGUAGCUGCUCCUUCGCUCUUCCGAGUUUUAGUAAACUGCAGUCUAUUCGAGAAGUCGCGCGAUCAGUAUUUUGGGCUAAGUUUAAAAGACCCUGUCAACUUCGAGUUUGGGCCAGACGGUUCCCUUCCACCUCUGCUCGAACGGUGUCUCCAGGUUCUCGAGAGUGGCGUUGCCUUUCGACCUCGUAGUACAACUCCUAGAAGUACAGGAAGAAGGGCUGCUCUGAACAAGGCAGAAGUGAGACUCUACGAGUUUUUCUUUCAGUGUUUUUCAUCUUUGGAUUAUAAAACAACUCUUGAAAGUUAUAGCAGAAGGUGUGCUGCAGAGGAGGAUCUUCUUCUUCAUAAUAAGGGGCGAACCCAACACCAAGGCGUCAAACCCCAAGACGCCGCCAAUCAGGCCAAGAGUGGGAAGUUUCCUCCUACGGUAGUUCUUUCUCACUUGGUUUUGAAGCGCUGUCAAGAGAAGCUCCGCGCCUUGCUCGAUACUCUUACCGACAGCGACCAAACAGGUAGAUUAUGUCCGGCCGGUCUGGUGAGUAUCAUCAAUACGGAUAUCGUUCCGGCCAUCGAAGCAGCUUUGAUCAUGAGGCAAGGACAAGAGGGGGAGAAUAUUACAUCAAGAACAUCAAAAUGCGACGGCGACUCAUCCUCUUCAUUCUCUUCGUUAGAACGUGCGGCACAGGGUUUGAGCACGUUGCUGGAAAAGCUGGGCACACUGCAAAAUGCCAUAUCUGAUAUUAAGGCUACCGCUCAAGUAUCCCCCGUAUCGAUCAUCCUUGGCCCCUUUUCUACUUGAAAAGAGGGCAAAGGAUGCACUCAGGAAUGCUAAGGCGGUAGCUCUAAUAAUGAAAAAGACUAUCGCUUUGUGUCGGAUGUUGGAGAGCUCUCCCGCAUCAAUCAUUUGCUCAACGGGUGCCUCUACCAAUGCGACCAGGCGACAAGUUUGCUCAAUUUUCUUCUACAAGAUUCCAUAUGCACAUAGGAAAAUAACCGGUCGCUCCUGCUCAUCAGGAACUAUUAUAAAGAAUCUACAUCUACUUCAUUCAACAUAAGGUACCUGGCGCCCCUUCUGGGUACAUUAUCAUCGUCAUCAUUGUCAUUGUUUUCUUUAUCACAACAAAGGGACUUUUUUAUCAUACAAAAGCUAUACUAGGUGCUGUGACUUGAUCAUAUUUAAAUGCGGCUUGCGUGUGGUCUCCGCUCAGUCAUAACUCCGUCAUUCCAAUGAGGAAAGCAUAUACUUCUUCGUGCCUUCUUAUUUCAACUGAGAGUCAUCUCUUCCCCUUCCUUCAACUAAACUAAAUGUGAGCAACCUUCAUUGCAAUUGUUCUCGAGUAUUCUUCCUCUUGUGCUCUUCCUCUUCUCUCUCAAAGACGAGUGUGUUGGUGUUCGAAAAAAAUAGCGAUGAAGGCGAACUGAGUCUACUCCUGAGGCGCAAUAGUACUAC